GCAAGAAAGAUCUGAGAGAAUAUCUUCGCUUCCGAGCAAGAAAGGGGGGCAAAGACGAGAGACAUACUUUCAGCUGAGAUCCUCCAGAUUCAUUCUAUCUGCGAACUUUGUAUGAGGAGCUGGAGAUCGCUUUCUUGUAAAUAAAACUCUAAAGAUGAAUUCUGAUUCCAGCUCAAUGUCCAGCAGAGCCUCCUCACCAGAUAUGGAUGAGAUGUACCUAAGGGGACAUCACCACCACCACCACCACCACCAUCACGACAACAGGUUGAAUUCCGUUUCGUCUACUCAGAAUGACAUGCUUCAGAAGAUGUCAGAAGAUGUCCUUUCCAGGCACAGUUCUAAAGGUGACGGGGAGAGCAGCAAGUAUAAGAUAAAGAAACAGCUGUCCGAGCAGGACCUGCAACAACUAAGACUAAAAAUUAACGGUAGGGAACGCAAAAGGAUGCAUGAUUUGAACCUAGCCAUGGACGGUCUCAGGGAAGUUAUGCCCUACGCUCAUGGUCCCUCGGUCAGAAAACUCUCCAAAAUCGCCACUCUCCUGCUGGCCAGAAACUAUAUUCUGAUGCUCACCAGCUCCCUUGAGGAAAUGAAGCGCCUGGUGGGUGAGAUCUAUGGCGGGCACCAUUCUGCAUUUCACUGUGGGACAGUGGGACAUUCUGCAACUCAUCCUGUUCAUCCAGCCAACGCUGUCCACCAGGUUCACCCCAUCCUGGGCAGCGCUUUGUCUUCUAACGCCUCAUCCGGGAUCUCUGCGACUCUGCCAGGUAUUGGCAACAUCAGACCGGGCCAUUCUCUACUCAAAACCCCCGCUACUCCACCACUUCCAAUUGGCAGCGGCUUUCAACACUGGGCAGGGCUCCCAUGCCCAUGUACUAUCUGUCAAAUGCCACCACCGCCUCAACUCUCAGCUCUAACCUCAAACAUGACCAGAAUCUCCACAGAAACCAAAGACUUGAUGAAGUAACAUAACCUGCAGAGAAGGUUCCUACAAAGACUUGGGUUAUAUUAUUCCCCAUUUACAUAUUUAGAAAUAUGAAUAUAUAAAUAUAUAUUUGUGGUGUGGCAGAAAGACUCAGACAAGACAUCCUGUGUGCAUGCAUGCUUCUUCAUUUUCUAUAAUACUUGUUUCUCCAACUUCAUCAUCACUUUGUUGUAAAGAUAGGGUGCAGGAUAGCCUUGCAGGGUCAUGUGUAGAUGGGUGUCUGACUACAUUUUCCCUCUGUGACUGUUAUUCUGAUGUAAAUAUGUUCUUGAAAGCACAUUGAGAAGUUGUCACAAAACAGUACCCAUUCUACUAUUCUGUAAGAGACUGUGCCAUAUACAUGAAUGCUAUAUAGGUUGCACCCGACGACUGAACAUGUACAUGCACCAUGGGAGCUAGCCUUGUUGAAACCUUUGCCUGGCUGCCUUUCAAUUUUCCUUGUAACAAGGAUUUUAUUAGUGAAUUCUUUGAAAUCUAUUUUUUUUAAGGGUAUGCCAUUUGUUUAACCCUGUAAUGACACGAAAAUGUAGCAGUUAUAGUUAUAGAAUAAUUUCCAUACUGGUGUCCAGUAUGAGAAUAAUUCUCUAACUGGGAAACCUCAUAGACUCUUGUCAAAGCCGAGGUCUGCUCUCUUAGGAGAACCAUUUCCAUGCUGUGGUCCAAAACUUCACAGUACUUCGUUUGGUAACAUUUUUGUUUUGUUUUAAUUAUUAUCACACUGUUUUGGUUUAUAUUCGUGUUUAUUGUUAUUACUUUAGUUCCUGGGCAUUUGCUUGAAACUUUUGUUAGGGCUAAAAGACAGCGUGUCUUUAUUUUUUAUAUAUUCUUGAUAACUAUCGAUAUAUUUAUUAUGAACCUGCGUUCUUUGGUGGGCUUUCAAAUAAAAGAAAUCAUUUGAAAC